AUGAGGAAAAUUUUGAAGUGUUUGGGACCGGAUUUUGCCAACAAAGAUGCGCUGCAAAUCGCACAAGGAAAUCAACAAGGAGAUGGCGGCAUCCAAGAACCUUUCAACAAGGAAAGCGCCACGAGGGCUCUUGGGAACCAGAAUUUGUACAUUUGCGCUGGGAACUUGUUCUGGUUGAAUUUUCUGAGAUCCCCAAGCCCAGGAGUACCACUACAAAGGCAUGGUGUAUGCCAGCUAGGUGACUUCUUGUGGCCCAAGAACCAGUCCAAACCGAUGUUCCUCCUCAAGUUGUUGGAGGUGGAAGCCCCAACAGAUGUGCCAGAGAGACCAUCAGCUCUGGGUAUGCUUUCUCCGGAAGGCUAUGCGCAUGCUGCUCUGUAUGCGGCUGCCAGAGACCUCCCAGAGCACAAAGAGGAAUGGCAAAUUGUGCUGAGGUCAGUCCCAUUCUGCUUUGUGGCUGGCGCAAAAAACACUUGGAUUCAUUCAUGGAAUUGCCGCAACCAGCUCACACAGGAGUAUGAAUCUCUGAGCCGAUCAGCUUUGCAGCAGGCCACCGAGAUCAGCAUGCUGAAGAAGCGCAUGGAGUCCGAUGUAGGACGAACUCUUCAACCAGCGGAGCUCGUCAAUCAGUUGAAGCAAUUUGGCCUCAAGAAAGCUUCUUCACAGGAUGAUCUCACCACAAAUCUAGUGCAACUGGCAACCCAGGUGUAUGAGAAGAUGAAAGGCCCCGAGAUGCUAGGUCCCAUUCUAGCCAUGGAAGAAAAAUUUGGAACAAAGUCUUGCUUCAACUCCCUCAGCAAACUGCAUCUCUUGGCAACCAAACCUGAAGCCAAUCGGCGGGUUUGGGUGAUGCAGGGAAUCUAUGACUGGCUCGUCCGCAGUUUGCUGACGAACGAUGAGGUGACCAAGAACACUCUCACUGGUGAUCGCAACACCUGCGGUUUGAUUCCGCUCCUGGAGUUGAAGAUGCUUUGCCUGGAACAUUGGCUCUCAUCCAUGAUGGCCCGCGCCAACAUCCUGGAGAAGGACCGGGCAGUGAUCCGCCGAGUCUUGCAGGACCAUGCUUCGUAUCGGCAGGAGAUGCUGGGCUCAGACGUCUCAUGGCAAGGCAAUCUCGCCCGCAGCUCUUUGGAGGCAUUGCAGUUUCUUGAGAAGCUGGUGUUCAACAAACAAUUCGACAAUCAGCUAAAGCAGCAUGCCCGCGGGCACAAGAACGUCGAAGAAGUGGCCGAAAAUGAGAUCAUCAAGGAGGAAUGGUCCAAGGUCAUUUCCAUCCGAGAAAAUGAAGUGGCAGAGCAGAAGGUGCGGGACAAGAUGGAAGACCAGGAGGACGGAGACGCCCCGGCAGAGACCGCUCUCCAUCAAAUGCGUCGGGCAGCCAAUGAGUUUGUGGAGAACAGCCAGGAGUAUUGGAACAGUUUGGCGAACACAACUGUGAGGCGGUAUGUUUCAUGUAUGGUGCUGCCAGCCACACAAGGGCAAAUGCAGAGAGAGCUGACCAACUCUUGCCUCAAAGAUGUCAUUGUGCCGGAGGGCCAGAGGUCGUGCUUGACUUGGUGUGACCUGGAUUAUAUGGGUGAGAAUAUGGGCGUCAAUUCGCAGAUUGGCCUUCGGAGGCUGCAGCCCUUGGACGGGAACGGUGAAAUCAAGAGCCUCAUCCAAGCCACGAUGCUGGCCCGUGGGGCCCAAGUGAAAAGCGACCAAGGGGAGAUAACGGUCCCUGCUCCCGGAGAGAUUGUGUGCUUCCACGCAGCCUCAGACAGACCAGGAGCAAUCUCAGAGUUGCGCAAGAUCUUUCGUCUUGCUGCAGCGACAAGAGGUGACACCAUCGACUGUGAACAGAAAGACAUCAUGGUUGUCUUCCAGGAGGAAUCUGUGCGCAGCCGAAAGAAACGCAUCAAAGGAUCAGAGGCCUACAGAUGCGACAGCUACUUGCACUUGUUCAGCGGUUUGACCCUGAUUCCGCUUAGUCCCAGAGAAAAGAAGGCUGCACUAUGA